UCCGCGAAAGAGAAUUCUUGCUUUCGAAGAGAGUGGUGUGCAAACCGGCAUCUUUUAUUAAUUUCAACGUCUGUCGUUCUUACCAGUCAUCCCCGACUUAACACUAUCAGCAAUCCAUCAGCAACAAACUAGUCAGCCAUGCCUUUCAAGCCACCAGAGCAAGCCAAAUGCCCCAAGUGUGGCAAGGCUGUCUAUGCAGCUGAGGAGAAAGUGGCAGGUGGCCACAAGUUCCACAAGGGAUGCUUCAAGUGCAACAUGUGCAACAAGUUCCUGGAGAGCACCAACGUGAGUGAGCACAACUCUGAACUCUACUGCAAGCAGUGCCACGGCAGGAAGUUUGGACCCAAGGGAUACGGCUUUGGGGGUGGUGCUGGUGCCCUGGGCAUGGACAAGGGAGAACGUUUUGGUAACAAGGCCUGUGAGAUGGACAACAAGCCAACUGGCGACUCUUUCACUGGAUCAUCUCUGACUGGCUCUGACUCUGGCACUGGCCCCAAGUGCCCCAGAUGUGGCAAGACUGUGUAUGAUGCAGAGAGAGCCAUAGGCUCUACAGUGCCCUGGCACAAGACAUGCUUCAACUGCAAGAGCUGCAAGAAAUCUGUCGACUCCAGCACCAUGGCCUUCCAUGAGCAGGAAGUUUACUGUAAAAAUUGUUAUGGAAAGAAUUUUGGACCUAAAGGUUUUGGAUUUGGACAAGGUGCUGGCACCCUUUCCAUGGGUUAAAUUUUUCCAUUCUAUUUAUAGUUCUCCACCAGUUCAAUUUCUAGAACAUGAACAAAACAAAAUGUCUAAAAUAUACAACACACAACUACUUGCUUUUGAAACAUCUGAAAUUUUGAGUUAAGAAUUCAAGUUAGAAAAACAUUGGUGUGAAUGUUACACCUACACUUUAAUUUUGUAAUAAAAUACAAAACAAUGUACAACAUUAAUUAAUGAAAAAAAUGAUUGUAUUUUAAAAUUCUGAAUCUAUUGUUCUCCACUAUUGUAUAGUAAGCUUGUACAAAAAUGUGUAACUCUGCUUUUAGGGGUGCAUGUUGCUUUUGUCUUAUUUGGUGUCACUAUUGACAUUUUCUAUUCCACUUAUUUUCUGUAUUUGACUCAUAUCAUCAGUAUUGUUUUUAAGUAUCUCAGAACUUCAUUUUAUUUGUAUUAUUCUUUUGAUCUGUGAUAAGCUAACUUUUUGAACGAACUAUAUUUUAUACUCUUGAUAACAAAGUUUGAAAAAAAAAAGCCUGAAUGUGAACAGAAAUGAACUACUAGUUGCCAGUCAUUUCAUAGGGUUGAAUUUUUCAACCAAAUAGUUAGAAACUUUGGAUUUACACCUCCAUGAGAAGUGGAUGUAGCAGCCCUACAAUUCCUCGAAGUCUAAAAAUCACUUGUCAUGUAUAGUCUCAUCAUGCACCUAGUCCCUGCUGAAUGUGUGGUUACUGUGCGCCAACUCAACAUGAUUAUAAACCCAGUUACACAUUAUGUAGUCGCCUUCCCACCCUUGUCCUUGAAAGUUUUCACUGCAAGCCCCAGAUUUGUGCCAGUCAAACAUGGCCUGUCAAGAAGCCAAGAUGUGGAUUGUUUCAGCAGCUUAUUCCCAUAUUUUAUUUGUCUACAUUUGCUAUUUGUAUUAAAAACAUCUGUUGCAGGCAA